AUGGUUCGCCGGCCACAGAAUUAUGACGACUACGGCACCGCCGUCCAGCAGAUCAUCCUCUCUACCUCGGACGCCGACUUCCUCGACCAGCUCAUCCCCGUCUUGAAAGAUGCCGGGACCACCAAUCGCACGAUGGUGCUCACCCAGAGCCUAACGCACUACGCUGAGGAGCGCGAGGCCGACAUCGAGCGGAUCGGGCUGACCAAGCACGAGGAGUUCCUCGCCUCGGUCAACCAACUGCAGAACGUGCGCGAGGGCACCGUCGCCCUGACGGCUGAGAUCCUCAAGCUCAACACCUCGAUCCAGCUGAGCACGGAGAAGCUGGCCGAACAGAAGCAGGCGCUGGUCAACACGCGGGCGGUGCGGGAGAACAUAUCAGAUGCGUCGGACGCCCUGAAGGAGUCAUUGAAGAUUCUACACGCCGUCAAUCACGCGCUGGACCUCAUCCGGAAGAAGCAGUACUAUGGCGCUCUGAAGAGCUUGGAGGACACGCAGAACGAGUUCCUGAUCCCUAUCCUACAGAACAAGUACGCCAACCAGCACAAGCUGGCAGAUAUCAUACAAAAGUCCAUCCCGGCGAGCCAGAAAGCCAUCUCAGAAGCUGUCAUGGGCGAUCUUAAUACUUGGCUGCUACGGAUCAGGGAGACGUCACAAUUUCUGGGUGAGGUUGCCCUCUGGCAAACAGACCAGAGGAGGGAAAGGCAGAGGAACCGAGUCGAGAACGAUGAGUUCCUGUCUCAAUUCAAGCUGAACUCUGCAGUCGAGCUGGUUUUUGAUGAGAAGGAAGAGUUUGACGUGCUGGACAACGACGAACUCUCGAUGGACUUCACCCCGUUAUUUGAAGCACUCCACAUUCACCACGCUCUUGGUCAGACCGAGAAGUUUCGCAGUGACUAUGCCGCCACGAGGAGGAGACAAAAGGAGCUUCUCAUCCCAGCGUCCGUCAGUCUCACCGCUGACGAUGAAUCGUCGUUAAGCAGUCUGCUAGAGGACAUUGCUGGCUUCGCCAUCACCGAAAAGGCCACCAUGCAACGAAUUCCCCAGCUUCGCACAGCCAUCGAUGUUGAGGAGCUGUGGGAUUCCAUGUGCUCUUCUGCCAUAUCUCUGACGACCAAGGCGCUGGGCGAAGUGAACAACGCCGAAGUUCUUCUCAAGAUCAAGGGUGUGAUCGCACUUUUCAUCCAGACCAUGGAGACGUGGGGUUACUCUGUGUCGCGCCUGGACGAGUUCCUGGUGAACCUCUUCGACAAGUACGCUGAGCUGCUGAAGCGACGGUUCAGUGAGGAUUUCCAGGAGAUCGUCUCGACGGACGACUACAUGCCGAUGGCCAUCAACUCGCUGGAGGAGUACGAGAAGGUCGUCAAUGUCAGCUGGUUCACUCCAGAGAAAGACGCGAGCGAGCUCACGUUCCCCUGUGUACUCCCGUUCUCGCAAAUGUAUCCGCUGUGCUGCAUCGAUAUUAGGAAUUUCCUUAAUCAGUUUUAUUUCUUCUCCGAUGAUCACUUCCAGCACCCGACCAAGAUCGACGAGACUCUGCGAAAGUCUCUGGACGAGCUCCUGACCCAGAAGGUCUGCCAGUCGCUCGUCGAGCGCCUCAGCUCCCAAUAUCUGGGUCAAAUAGUACAGAUCCUGAUCAACCUGGAGCACUUUGAGACAGCCUGCUCGGAGCUGGAACAGCUCCUGAUCCGGGCGCGGUCGACUGCGUCGGCGGGCGGGCCGCUGACGCUGGCGGCGACGGAGCAGUUCCGCGAGAACAAGAAGACGGCCGAGAAGCGCAUCUUUGAACUGGUCAACUCCAAGAUCGACGACCUGGUCGAGACGGCCGAGUACGAGUGGACGGCGGCGGCGGCGCCCGCCGAGCCCAGCAGCUACAUGCAGACUCUGACGCGGUACCUGUCCAACAUCAUGAACUCGACGCUGCUGGGCCUGCCGCGCGAGAUCAAGGAGCUCAUCUACUUCGACGCCCUGUCGCACGCCGCCAACAAGGUGCUCGCCCUGCCGCUCAGCCCCGACGUCAAGAAGAUCAACCCCAACGGUGUUGCCGCCCUGGCCCUCGACGUCACCCACCUGACCGACUUUGUCGACGGGCUCGAGAACGGCUUCAUGCUGCGCAGCAACCUCGACGAGCUCGAGCAGACCAUCACGCUCAUGCAGAGCGAGAACACGGACGAGUUCUUCGACAUCAGCACCCGCAACAAGAAGUACGGCCGCGUCGACGCCAUGAACGGGCCCGUACUGCUGGAGAAACUCACAACGCAGGUCUCCAGCUCUAACUCGGCCGCAGGCCAGCGCUUUGCAAACUUCUCCUCGCGGCUCCAGUUCAGCACCAAAUAG